CACAUUUUAUUGGGCGGUAACAUAACACGGGGCGGAUACUCGGUACGCAUAUAGUCCCUGCAGGUACGGAGAAGGGCGGGGCCUAAGCAAAAAGGGACGAGUUUUCAGUUGAGAAGCCUAAUUGGUCAAUCCAUAUUUUACGCUAUUUCCAAUCAUAAAAGACCCCCGCGGAGAGGAAAGCGUGUGGCACUAGGGGCAGUCACACACCAAUGAGGGGAGAGCAUACACAGCCCUAAGGUGAGCGGUAACCAAUGGAAGAAGAGGAGAAAUUCGGCUGUUACCUUUCCUGAAACUUAUUUCAGUAGCGGGCUUUGCGCAGUAAGCGCUUUCCCACACUAGAUGGCGCUCUGUGUUCCGAAGCGUUGAGCUUUGUGUGUUUGUGCAUAACGUGCCCCGAGCAGGCUCUCCGGAGCAGUCACACAGAUGGUAUCAGCGGCACGGCACGCUUCCUUCACUUCUCCGUGACCCACGCUUCCCAUGCUCCUGGGCGGACAUUCCUCGGCUUCAGCCCCCGCUAGCCCGCAGCCCGCAGCCGAGCCCAUCCGGAGCAGCAGCAGAGGGAGCCCCCCAGCAGCGGCCAGUACGGGACAGCAAUGCGCGGGCAGCAUGGCCAAAUGGAUCAAGGAACACCUGGGGUUCAAGAGCUCCAAGCCGCCGCCUCCUGCCCCUCCUAAACCGGAUUAUAGACUGUGCCAGGCUGGGGGCGCCUCCACACACCAUCACCACCACCACCAUUUGCACUCUGCUGUCCCCCAGUUUCCCGUCACUCCGGCAGGGCAGCCGGACAUCCUGGCCGCAUACAAACUGCAGAAAGAGAGGGAUUUUGAGGAUCCAUAUACAACUUGUGGGGCCCCUGGAGCCUCUGCCCAGCUCAACUCAUCCACUGUGCCCCCCUCUGCCCCAACUUCCUCCAGUGCCCAGUCCCCUUCCUCGCCAUCCCAUUCUCCUGAUGUCAAGUAUGUGUCCCCCAAGCACCGGCUCAUCAAAGUAGACACCGGGGAAAAGGGGAGUUGCAGUCCUACUGGUGGCAAUACUGCUGGCAGCUCCGGUAGCCCGGGACAAGCCUUCACUUCUCCCAGUGUGCCCUCCCCUGGAGUCAGGUCUCCCCCGGCAACAGCAGUAGCCCCCCAGCUGGAGGAGAGCAAGCAGGACAAAGUCGCUAUUGUUGAAGACUAUGCAGACCCAUUUGAUGCCAAGCAGGUACCAGGCAGUCAGAAUGCACCUGAGAAAGUGACUGAGAAUGAUGGAUAUAUGGAACCUUAUGAAGCACAGAAGAUGAUGGCAGAAAUUCGAAGAAGGGGAUCAAAAGAAUUACCAUGUACACCCCUACACUUGUAUGACACCCCAUAUGAACCAUCUGAAAAUGGAUUAGAUUCUGAAGGUGAAAAAUCCACAUCUCAACGACCACGGGAAUCUAGGCUGCCGCAAGAUGACGAAAGACCCCCAGAGGAAUAUGAUCAGCCUUGGGAAUGGAAAAAAGAGCGCAUCUCCAAAGCAUUUGCUGUGGAGAUAAAAGUAAUCAAAGAUCUUCCUUGGCCUCCACCAGUGGGACAACUCAACAGCCGCACAGCCAGCGCUGAAAAUGAUUUGAGCACUUCAUUCUCUCAGCAGACUCCAACCUCUCCACAUUUUCAGCGCCAGGCCAGCCUUGAAGACUCCAAUGCCCAGUUUGAUAGUGCUGAUAAAACUGGCAUGGCAGCAGCCAAAGAGGACAAACCCAGACACAUGCACAGACAUUCAGCUGGAAACUUGAAGGCAAUCAAGCAUCCGAGUGUAGAACACUGCAUCUCAGUGGGAGAAAGAAUAGAUCCUUCCCUACCUUUAGAGAGCCAAUUCUGGUACCAUGGUGCAAUCAGUCGUGCGGAUGCCGAGAGCCUCCUGAGGCUGUGUAAAGAAGCAAGUUACCUGGUGCGAAACAGCGAGACCAACAAGAUUGACUUUUCCUUAUCACUGAAGAGCAUUCAAGGAUUCAUGCACAUGAAGCUUUCACGUACCAAAGAAAAUAAAUAUGUCCUUGGUCAUAACAGCCCACCUUUCAACAGUGUACCUGAAAUUAUCCAUCACUAUGCCAGCCAGAAAUUGCCAAUAAAAGGAGCAGAACAUAUGUCCCUGCUGUACCCAGUGGCAGUGCGGACACUAUAGCAAACUGCUCAAGAUGCCUCUUCACAUCAUCAUGUGGAUGGUCAAAUCCUACUCUAAAUCAUCAUGCCAGGAUGCUGUUGGCAAAGGACUGCAAUCACCAAAUCAAUGCAACAUGUUCUAAGGGUGACUGGGCUUUAUCAUUGUUGAUUUGAUUCCUUCCAUUUCUUCUUUAGUUGAUUGGAGUGAAGACUGAACGCUGUCAUGGUACCUUUUGCUUUCUUGUUUUGUUAGGGAACUUUCAGCCUUACGGUGACAUAUAUUGAAAGUAAUUCUUAUGUGGAUUUAUGUGUCAAGUUCUGAAGCUAAUCUGGGACUGUACGUCCCAAAUGUUGCAAUACAAAUAUUUAAAGUGAUUGUUAUUUAAGAUAAAAUUUGUUUUUAUGUCAUUCUAUUCUGUCACUUACACUGGUUGUUUUCAUCAAAGGGUUAAAUGUACCCACUGCUUGCAGUUUGCAUGUGUUCUACAGCAUUUCUGCAGACGAUCAGCAAUACUUUGCAUUCUCAUCAAUCAGCAUAGGCAUUGACAAUAACGUGUGCCAUUGCAUUGAGUUUAGUAGGGACAAUGAAUGCAAUAACAACAAAAUGUAGUUUAGAUUUUGUUUUAUAUUUUAUUUUUGUAAGAGCAGUAGUCCUUUUUCUUGUGAUUUCAGCCUGUCACCAAAUCAUAGCAAAAAUUUGACAUAACUAGUAAAUACCCUUAGUGCCUUCAUUUCACAAGAGGCACUGGUUGUCAGUAUAUGUAUUCCCACUAGAUGGGGCUGUGUGUGUCAUACGUCGAGCAUGCUCCCAAACCUCUAAUCUAACAUCAGCAUUGGGCCGGUAAAUCAUCUCUUUAGAAUGUCAGUUUAGUAACAGAAAUAAAUGGAUGUGUAUUUAUUUUCGUAAAUGCUUCUGAUUUAGCCUUUGAAGAGGGGCUUUGUACCCUUUUGAAGUUUACCAGAAUACCACUAAGCAGUAUUUACAUCUGUGGUAUUUUGUAACAAGUCUGAGUAUGUUGAUUUGUACAAAACAUUUCCGUUACCGUAACAGCUACAGUAUUUGUAAACUCAGUGCAGUAGUGGAUAAAUAGAACCAAGAAGAGAACAAUAUCAGUCAUAGAGUUACCAACCCAGGAGAGGGAUCUGCGGCAUGGCCGGAGUACGCUAAAUGUGGUCAGAAUAUUUGAAAAUUUACAGCCCUGUAACAAUAUGAUACUAUUGUACAGGACAUAUUUAGUUCAUAACAUAUAUUUCUAGUAUACACAGAGGUUUGUGUGUAAUAGACCUUAAAACAUGCCAAAUGCCUUGGAAUAUUUAACCCGAUUAAACCCCCAAAAAUAUCAUAGGAGGCUUUAAGCAAAUAUCAUACUAGCAGAGGGAUCAAUCACUUGACUGGCUUAGGGCCUAAACAAGAAUCACAUUAGAAUUGACAUUUAUUAUAAGAACUGCACCUAAUACAGUGCAAUAUAUAGAUUUACCUCAGUAUAGUAUAUGCUCUGCCAGGUGGUCUACCUGGAACUAAAUUACAUUUGGUUAAAGAGGCCAUACAGUGCUUGUGUGUUUUAUUGUCAAUUUACUUGGGAUAAAAGCACCUCUGCACACAGGGACAAUUGCCUUUUCUACUGGAAGCCAUGAGUGUUCCAUUUCUUGCUUAUUGUGAUUCAUAUGGCAUGAAAUUGAUUCUAUCAACAACUUUAUUUUCAACAUCCUGUUCCAGUAAAAAAAAACCAUGUCUAAUGUUACUCAAUGCAACAUUUCUUCUGAUAUCUGCUUAGAAAACUCUAUAGUCUUCCUAUUAUAUAUACUAUGCCUCCAGUUUCUAUUAAAAACUUUAUCAAGGUCCUCGUUUCCACUCUGGUUCCCUUGUAACAUACAGGCCCCUAAUUCAUUUCUGCCAGUAUAAAGAAGCAUGAACCAGACCAUUGCAAUGCUUAAUGAUUGCCUUAGCUCAGCUCAUUUAGUAUAUAACACACACAAAUCAUGAAGAAAUAAUGUGAUUUUAUAAAGCUGCUUGUGUACUAACCAGAAAUACAUACAGUGCCUUGCAAACAUAUUCAGAAACGUAACCAAUGCUUUCAUUUCAUUAUUUUAUUGUAUUGCAACUGUGUUUUAUGUUUGGGGGGAAAAACUUGAACAGCAGAAAGCUGAUUAUACUGUUUCCAUAAGAAUGAAAAACCCUACUUUUGCUGCAACAUCAAGUCUUAAGUAUCAGAUUUGCAGACUGAAUGGGGUGACUAUGGUCCAUUCUUCCAGGUAUGUUUAUAUGCACGGCUCUUGGUCUGGAUAAAGUAGAAGGAGGAAUGGAUAGUGUUACUUCAAGAAAACCUGUAUCAGUCUGCUAAACAUGGAACUGACGUCAGGGGGAACGUUCAUCUUCAGCAGGACAAUGAUCCCAAGGCAAAGUAACACUGGAGUGGUUUAAGAAUAAAACUUUCUACAAAACAAUUAUUAUAUUUUAUGAAUCAAAAUCUUAAAGUUUUGUAAAAUUUUAAAAUUCUAAUUCAUUAAAUAUAAUAAGAGUUUAUGUCUUCAAUUUGAUAUUCAUUUAAAUGAAUGGUUUGGUCAACAGUCUGAAUACUUUUGCAAGGCCCUGAUUGGGGAAUGUAAGAAAAGUUGUAAAUAGAAGAACUUUUCUUGUAGAAGAAAAGAAAUUCAUAUUUGAUAAUGUAAUAUUCCCUAAGACAUGCAUUUUAGGACCUGUUUGAAGAUGGUUUUCUGUUUAACUGUAAUACCUUUCUCAGUAAACAGUUCUCCAUGCACUGGCACUAUGUAGCUAUAAAUCUUAGUCUUUUUCACUAGCAGAUGGGUUGCUUAAUACUUUUGCACACAGCAAAAAAAAAUAAAAAAAUAAAAUCUUAUUGCCAACAUUUGUUCCAUUCCCCCAUGUACGUUCGCAGAACUCUGUUUGGAAUGUUUCAUACUAUAAAAGGCUUUUCUAUACCAACAAUUCAUUCAAUAGUCUGAACUGCACAACUGCUCCUGUACUUUACUUUGUACACAAAUUGGAAAUGACUUUCUACAAGCUAUUGUAUAUACAGUACAUUUAAUGAUUAGACUGAUAUUUGGGCUUGAUAAAUAAAAAUACUGCGUGGGUGACAGACACUGAGACAGCGUAUGGGUUAAGCUUGAAUUUAGAUAACCUCUCACAGAGUAAUGAGCUGCAAGCCUGCCUCACAUUUUUGCUCUUCUCUUCCAGUAAAAGGCCUGGGUAACUCCAUUUGGUCAUUUAAAAUGUUAUUUCCCCUCUCUAUUACUGUUUGUGUUUAUACUGCUGAUAUUUUGAGUUGAAGUCUAUUGCCUUGUAAAAUAAAAACUGUCUAUUUAAUAUAA